UUCCAAUGUUUAAAAAUGUAGUUCCUUCUUUUGAAUUCUUCCAAAUGUCUCUUCUCGUCCACCAACUCCGUUUGAGCUCAUGCAGACGCUUGAUCUCUAGCACGUCAUCAUUGUUAUCUUCAAAACCACGUAAUGAGGAUGAUAUUCCACAUCCAUUGCAAGUAUUGUCGGAGCAGGAAACCGGAUUCGUUAAAACUGUUCGUCAAUUUGCGGAUACAGUGAUAAAACCUCUGGUUCGUGAAAUGGAUCGAACUUCGGAAAUGACUCCAGCUGUGAUCAAUGGAUGCUUUGAAAAUGGGCUGAUGGGCAUCGAAGUUCCUGAAAAGUACGGUGGCCCUGGAGCAACGUUUUUCGAUGCUGCUCUCGUAAUUGAAGAAAUUUCAAAAGUUGAUGCAUCGGUUGGAGCAAUGGUUGAUGUUCAUAAUACACUCUUUAUUCCUUUAAUUAUUGAACUUGGAACAGAAAAACAAAAAGAGAAAUAUCUUCCAAAAUGUUAUACUUCAUCAGUUGGAUCAUUUGCUCUUUCCGAGACCGGAUCUGGAUCUGAUGCAUUUGCAUUGAAAACAACUGCAAAGAAAGAUGGAGAUGACUAUGUGAUUAAUGGAUCAAAGAUGUGGAUCUCAAAUUCGGAGCAAUCGGAAACAUUCUUGGUGUUUGCUAAUGCGGAUCCAAGUAAAGGAUACAAAGGAAUUACAUGUUUCAUUGUUGAAAAGGGUACUAAAGGAUUUACCAUUGGAAAGCAUGAGGACAAAUUGGGAGUUCGUUCAUCUUCUACGUGCCCACUUCAUUUUGAUAAUGUACGCGUUCACAAGUCGGCAAUUCUUGGAGAAUUUGGAAAAGGUUACAAGUACGCAAUUGAAUAUUUGAAUGCUGGUCGUAUCGGAAUUGGAGCUCAAAUGCUUGGAUUAGCUCAAGGAUGUUUUGAUCAGACAAUUCCAUAUCUUCAACAAAGAGAACAGUUUGGGCAGAGAAUUAUUGAUUUCCAGGGAAUGCAACAUCAAAUUGCUCAAGUCAGAACUGAAAUCGAAGCUGCUCGUCUGUUGGUUUACAAUGCUGCUCGUAUGAAGCAACACGGAUUACCAUUUGUUCGUGAGGCAGCAAUGGCGAAGCUCUUUGCAUCACCAAAGAAUUCCCCGUCGAGAAAUACUAUCGUGACUGUAAAAUUGGAACGAUUUACGAAGGAACUUCCAACAUUCAAUUGAGCACCAUCGCGAAGCUAAUUGACGCCGAAUUUAAACAGAAGGCCUGAAAAUGUACCUCUCCUCCUUAUUGCGAGGGUUAAUUCGAUAUUCUCAUUUGAUAAAUAUGGAUUC